UUUCCCUUCUCUUCGCUUUGUUUUUUAUCUUCUCGACAAAACCUCCAAGGCACCUCCGUUCCCCGUUCGUCCUCCACACCUGUAUCUCUUCCCCAUGGCCGGGCUCGGCGCUGGACUGGGAGCACGCCCUUCCGCGACCUUCUAGGCCGGGCCUUCUAGGACGGAAGGCUCCGGCCACUCACUGUCGCUGCCCCUCUCCGUCCCGUCGGCUCCGGUACGGAUAGGCACGAUCGCUCUGCCCAUGUUCUCUGCAUCUGCGUGCCAAUUCGUAAAAAAAUAGCUUCGCUGCCUGCUCUCGUGUCAGUGUUCUUCCCACCGGGUGGACAUUGAUACGAGAUCAUGUGCUAGGCUUCAGAGAACCGCGGCACAUUUCGCGGCGCAUGCUUACUGGUAAAGUGGUAAAUUUAAUUGUUGCACUGUACUUCUAUCCAAUUUAUGUCAGUUCCACAUACAGACAUACUUGCCUUUUGUGCCAGUAAUAGUUGAGUUUUGAGUGAACCUAUUUUUUUACUUGCUUGGGUUGGUUACAUGCCUCCCUUAUAUGUUUUAGGACUCAGAUUGAAAAUUAAUUUUAUGCCGACUCACGUGACAUCGUGCUGUUUAAAUGAUUUUAUUGCCACCUGUCCUUAACACUCUGCAUGGUUAUCAGACACUUCUAGUAAACAAUACACUCAUGACUCAUCUAGUCAUCUCCAUAUCUGUUUCUGCACAUAUCUAGUUUGCUUUCUCCUUGCUGUUUCAAGGUGCAACUAUGGACCCAUCGGGUGGCUUUGGAUGGAGUGUACUGCUCUAGAUAGUUGUGAAGUUGGAGUUCCUAAUGUCAUUGUCCGCGAAGGCAUUUUUUUUGUGUGCAGGUUACAACUAAGGUCGUUUUGCUAUAACUAGGCCUAACUAAUCCUCCCAGUUUGCAUUGUUGGCUUGUUGCCGGCAAAUUCGUAGUGCCAAAACGAUGCUUUACUGUGUCAAGCAGGCUCACAUGGGUGGAAGAUGAGCUUAUGGAGUACCUGACAUUCUACAACUGUCAAAACUGGAUGGAACACUACCUGAACCAGUGUAAAGUGGUUUCCAAGAAGCAGAAUAUCUCCAAGGAAUGACUUGGGACGAGGUACCUAAGAGAUAUGAGUGGAAUAUCUUCAAGAUGUUAGCUAAGGAUAGGUGCGCUCGGAGACUAGCAAUUAACAUAAAAGGCCACCUUUGAGGCGUGGAAAGGCCGACCAUCUUAUGUUAGUUCAAAAGGAUUGCCAGAACUAUGCAAGGGCUUAAUGGAUUACUGGAACGAGAGCUGCUUGCAAACUUGUUGCCCAUGUUCUUGACUUUGCUGGGACUUCAGUUAAGCCAUCCAUUACUUCAAAUGAAAUUGACGCAGCAGUUCAUGAUAUGAUCAUUGAGGCUGCUACCUAUCCUUCUCCACUUGGAUAUCGUGGAUUUCUAUAUGUACAUCAGUAAAUGAGUCUGUCAAGGGAUACCUGAUUCAGCUCCUCAGAUGCAGAAUGGGGAUAUUAUAAAUAUUGAUGUAAAUGUGUUCCAGAAUGGAUACCAUGGGGGUACCUUCAGAACAUUUGCAUGUGGACAGGUGAAUGAUUCUAUCAAGCAUUUUCUCAAUGACCAGCUCCAUCCAUCCAGCACCAAGCGGCAAGCACGCACGCUCCCACUCCCACGCCAACGCCACGCAGCAGAAAUCAGCAAUCUUGGGGGUGGGAGGGAAGGAGAUUCCUGGAGAAAGCGAUCGAGUGCGCAUCAAAAGAAGCAGUCUUGGACGAAAGAAGCAGUCCCGGAGGCCGGCACGAGCAGGAGCAGGCGCAGCAGGGCACACUACCAAAUCCCAAUGGGGAGCAGGAGCGGAGGAGGGAGUGUCAGUGGCAGCUGCUUGCUACUCUUCCCCUUCCUCCUCUUGCUCCACCUCAUCUCUCUUCGCUCAGGCCCAUCGGCGGUGCUGGUGUCGGCGGCGGGGUCCGGCGAGCCGUACGUGGGCGUGACGAUCGGCACGCAGGUGACGAACCUGCUGUCGCCGUCGGACCUGGCGUCGUUCCUGCGCGCGCAGCGCAUCACCCGCGUGCGGCUGUACGACGCGGACCCGCGGCUGCUGUCGGCGCUAGCGGCCUCCGGCGUGCGUGCCAUCGUGGGGGUCCCCAACGACGAGCUCCUGGCGCUGGGGUCCUCCCCGGCGACGGCCGCCUCCUGGGUGUCCCGCCGCGUGGUCCCCUUCGCGGGCGUGAACUCCAGCACCCCGAACGUCGUCUCCGCCAUCGCCGUCGGGGACGAGGUCCCGACCGCGCUCCCGUCGGCGCUGCCCGUGCUGCUCCCGGCCAUCCGGUCCCUGGCGGCCGCGCUCGCCGCCGCCAACCUCUCGUCCAUCCCGGUGUCGACGCCGCUGCCCUUCUCCGUGGUGGUGGACCCGUUCCCGCCGUCGCAGGCCUUCUUCAACCAGUCCCUGGACAAGUCGUUCGUGGCGCCGCUGCUGGCGCACCUCGCCAACACGUCGGCGCCGCUGAUGCUGAACCUGUACCCCUACUACUCGCUGAUGCAGAGCAAGGGCGUGAUCCCGCUGGACAACGCGCUGUUCCGGCCGCUGCCGCCGUCGAUGGAGAUGGUGGACCCGAACACGCUGCUCCGGUACACGAACGUGUUCGACGCGAUGCUGGACGCGGUGCGCGUGGCCGUGCGGAACCUGAACGCGACGGGCGGCGCGGGCGUGCCGAUCCUGGUGACGGAGACGGGGUGGCCGUCGUACGGGGACCGGCGCGCGGAGCCGUACGCGGGAAGGGACAACGCGGACGCGUACAACUCGAACCUGAUCAAGCACGUGCUGGAGGAGAAGGCCGGCACGCCCAUGGCGCCCGGCGCCGGCGCGCAGUCCAGCGCCUACAUCUACGAGCUCUUCAACGAGGACCUCCGGGCGGGCCCCGUGUCGGAGGCGAACUGGGGCCUGUUCUACGGGAACGGCACCCCGGUGUACCUCCUGCACGUGUCCGGCGCGGACGGGUUCCUGGGGAACGACACGACGGACCGGACCUUCUGCGUGGCCGCCGACGACGCGGACCAGAAGGCGGUGCAGGCGGCCAUGGACUGGGCGUGCGGGCCCGGGCGCGCCGACUGCACGGCGAUACAGCCCGGGCAGGCGUGCUACCAGCCCGACGACGUGCGCAGCCACGCGUCGUUCGCGUUCGACGCCUACUACCAGUCCCAGGGCCGCGCCGCCGGCUCGUGCUACUUCCAGGGCGCCGGCAUGGUCACCACCGUGGAUCCGAGUCAUGACAGCUGUUUAUUUCCUGGAAGUAAGCUGCUGAACAACGCCACUGGAUCCGGCAACACGAACACAUCUUCGACACCUACAAGUGACGCUGAGGGAUCUGCGAUAUGGAGACUAAGAACUGGGAGGGACAAAGGGCUGUUGCUCUUCCUUCGGUUGGUACUUAGCAUUGCGGUGGCUAUCGUGGUGGAUUCGAACUUUUGGACAUGACAAGAGGUUGCUAGCUGUAUAAUAAACUAAAGCCAGAAAUUUUGGGUGGUAUGUUAGAGGAGGAAGGAAGGAGGUGGGCGGGGGAUUGGGUUAUGCUUAGUGAUUCUUUAUUGUUAGAUAAGCAUUAAUAAAUUGCUCAUUUUUCUUCAUCUGAUGAAAUGUGUCUAUAAUUUGUUGAAAUGUCCCGAUAUUUCAAUCUGCUGGGUUCAUG